AUUACGAUGAGGAAGCAUAACUCGUACUAUUUCGCGGUGGCGCUGGUGAUCCUGCAGCUGGGGUCAUCAUCAUCAUCGCUGACGCAUGGGACCGUCCUGCAGCAAGAAGAAGAUGUGCUCAGGAGCUUUCUCAAAUCCAGGGCCCAGAUCACGCAAGCUGCUAAUGGGCCUGUCGAUGAUGAUGAUGAUGAUACAUGGGCCGACCCGGAGAGCAGCUUCAGCAACCUGCCGACGAGCUGCCCUCCGUCGGCGCCGGGCGCGAGGGAGGCCGACAGGAUCGCGGCGAUGCCCGGCCAGCCACCGCGCGUCAACUUCGGCCAGUACUCCGGCUACGUCACCGUGAACGAGCAGCACGGCCGCGCGCUCUUCUACUACUUCGUCGAGGCCCCCUACCAGGCCUCAUCCAAGCCGCUCGUCCUCUGGCUCAACGGUGGGCCAGGAUGCUCCUCGCUGGGCGCCGGGGCCAUGGCCGAGCUCGGCCCGUUCCGCGUCAACCCUGACGGCAAGACCCUUAGCAGAAACCGGCACGCGUGGAACAACGUGGCAAAUGUCAUCUUCCUGGAGUCGCCGGCGGGCGUCGGGUUCUCCUACUCCAACACGACAUCAGAGAACAGAGCAAGCGGCGAUAAGAGGACGGCGGUGGACGCAUACAUCUUCCUGCUCAACUGGCUUGAGAGGUUCCCUGAGUACAAGGGCCGUGACUUCUUCAUCGCUGGUGAGAGCUACAGCGGCCACUAUGUUCCUCAGCUCGCCGCCGUCAUCGUUGCCCUCCGCAAACUCGGCGUCGCAGGCAUGAACCUCAAGGGAAUCUUCGUUGGCAACCCAUUGCUUGAUUUCUCCAAGAACGAUAAGGGGUCACUGGAGUUCUUGUGGAACCACGGGGUGAUGUCCGACGAGGCGUGGGGUCUGAUCAUUGAGCACUGCAGCUUCGGACCGGUUGAGGGCAAGGAGUGCACAAUUGCUGAGGAUUCCGUCUCAAUCGGGAACAUCGAUCAGUAUAACAUAUAUGCGCCGGUCUGCAUCCACGGGAAAGAUGGCAGUCUCCACUCCAGCAGCUAUUUACCAGGCUAUGACCCGUGCAUCAGGUUCUAUAUCCAUGACUACUAUAAUCGUCCGGAGGUGCAGACGGCGAUGCAUGUUCGGACCAGAACAGAUUGGUUACAAUGCGCUCCCUUCAAACGCUGGACCGAUUCCCCAGCUUCCAUGAUGCCAACUAUCAAUUGGCUGGUCGAUGCCGGAUUAAAUGUCUGGAUAUACAGCGGUGACAUGGACGAUGUGUGCCCGAUUACCGCGACAAGGUACUCCAUCAAGGAUCUCAAUCUGACGGUCACAAAACCGUGGCGCCCGUGGUACACACCUCAGAGAGAGGUUGGAGGCUAUGUUCAGCAAUACGAGGGAGGGUUCACGUUUGCGUCGGUGCGGGGAGCUGGCCAUCUGGUUCCUAGCUUCCAGCCUAAGAGAGCGCUUGUUCUUUUCUACUCCUUCUUGAAGGGUGUCCUUCCACCAGCAACUGUCUCAGUCUGAUCAUCUGAUGUACGUCAAUGAGCAUUAAGAACUAAUGGUUGCGUUUAAUCCUAAGUUUGUAACUGGAGAGACUGCUAGUUUCUAGCCGGAUACAAAAAUAAAGUGUGAUCUCGAGUUCCCUAUC